UCUUGGCUCUCUACAAGGAAGGAUCUGCCUCAGAGUUAAAAACAUUGCACACUUGAAGUUAAUUGUAUUUGAAGAAACGAAUUUAUCACAAGAUUUCUUCGAUUCUUGGAUUUAUUUCGUGGACAUUUACUGCCGUGGCAUUUCUUUGCUGUUUCUCCGAUUAAGAAGUUGUAACUUUUGAUUUAAAAUUUGAUUUAAUUUUAAUAUCAAAACUUCAAAAUGCAGGCCGGAGCUUAUGCUGAGAACGGUAUGUCGCCUUAUCUACUUUGGCCAUACAUGCAAAUGUAUCCUACUCAGAAACAGGAAGACUGGUCUGUUCAUCCCGCGUUUAUGCAGACCUUACCUACCUGUCAAGUGUACUGUCGACCCCAAGGUACAUUCAAAGGAUCCCCAAAGUCCGCUGCGUUCACCAUAGAUGCCAUUUUGAGUGGGGACGGGAAAUCUCCUGAACGUGCACUGGAUAACAAGCCUUACCCCACAGGAUGUGACACCACCCCCAGACAGCGUUAUGCGGACCCGGGGUACACCAGCCGCCGUCACCAACGUCUACAGGCCUCCAACCCCUACCCCAGCCACCGUCAGACCCACAGCCCCACCCUCAGCGAUGAAAAGGAGAGCCCCAAUCAGAAAGACAAAUCAGAAAGGAAAUCAUCCGGCAAAGGAAAACGUGUCCGAACAAUCUUCACCCCUGAACAGCUGGAAAGGCUCGAGGAAGAGUUUGAGCGACAACAAUACAUGGUCGGAACUGAGAGAUAUUACUUGGCCGCAUCGCUCAACUUGACGGAAGCACAAGUCAAAGUUUGGUUCCAAAACCGAAGGAUCAAAUGGCGCAAGCAGAACUUCGAGCAACAGCAAGCAAAACUCGCCACACUGGAUCUCUACCAAGGCGAAGAAUCCGAUUCUGAAUCCGAGAGCGAAGAAGAAGACCACAAAAGAACACCGACACACCGCACAUCUUGAAUACUUGUGGACACUACCUAGUAUGUGCUAUCAACAGCCACGCCCCCUUGUGGGCAGUGGAAGAUUACUCUCACUAACUCAAGGUGCAUAACUCUCAAUCACUGAUGACAAACCUGCACUACGGCUUUUGCUGGCCAAAUACGAGCAGUUGUCGAGGUUAGAUACACGGAACUUUUCAAGGGAGCCAGUUGUUAUCUUACACACGGAGCGAGAUGAAAAUGGUAAACCUGAUAUUUCCAUUAUUCUGGCAUUUGUGGUAUAAAAGUGGAGAAAGAGAAAGCUUUGUUUCAACUGUGGUAAAAUGGUUGUUGUGAAUACCUGCUUUCUAUGUAUAUUUGAUUAUUUAUUGUUGAAUAUUGUUUUGGAAUAAACCAAA